AUGCUCAGAGAUUCUAAUGCUAGCCAGUGUUGUUUGAUUGAGGCCUUGGCAGUUGGUGGCCUUGCUUCUGUAGUUUGGGUUAGCUAUACACUUGCUAGUUUGAUGUCACGGUAUUGCUUGCCCUUGCUGUAUGAUGUCCUUGCUUCAACUGUAAUGAAGAAGGGAGGACUCUCCUCUGGUGAUGUGGCAGCACAAUACAAAUAUAAGAAUGCCAUAGUUGAUGUCAACAUUGAUACAGAAUCAAAUAUCUCAACAACCCUCACUGUCACAGAUGUUCCAGCAUCUACCAAGACCAUUGUUUCAUGUAAAUUGCCUGAAUACAACUCUGGCAAGAUUGAAUUUCAGUAUUUCCAUGAACAUGGGAGUGUCACUACAGCUGUUGGUCUGAACAAGUCUCCAGCUCUUGAUCUUUCAGCAACCAUUGGUACUCCAAGUGUUGCCUUCGGCAGUGAAGCAACCUACUUGGUAUCCUCCGGUAGUUUCACCAAGUAUAAUGCAGGAGUGCGCUUGACUAAGCCCAAUUUCUGUGCAUCCGUGAUUUUGGCAGACAAAGGAGAUGCACUAAGGGCCUCAUAUUUGCACCACCUGGAUCAUCUGAAUAGGGGAGCGGCAGUGGGUGAGAUCACUAGAAAGUUCUCCACAAAUGAUAGCACAUUAACAGUUGGCUGUUCGUAUACUGUUGAUCCUCGGACGGUGGUAAAGGCUAAGCUCAACAACCAUGGCAAUCUUGGGGCUCUAUUACAGCAUGAGCUGAAACCCAAGUCCUUCCUGACAAUCUGUGGAUCUUUUGAUACAAAAGCCAUGGAGAAGAGCCCCAAGUUCGGAUUGGCACUCUCUCUUAAGCCUUGAUUGCCAAUUUAUUGUUAUUUUU